UUCUUGCCUUCACCACCGUCGGAACGAUCAGAUCGAUUUCCACACUUACGAGACUUAAUUCCUGCGAUCCAUCACCGUAAUUUUCGCUCAAGCCAAGCAAUUCAAACCGCCUUACAGUCCUGACCUUAGCAUCCUCAUGUUGCCGCUCCGCGUCUGCGAUACCAAUAAUCACAACCAAGCAAGACUCCCUUUACCCUAGUGCAGAACUGCUUUACCUGCAGAAGUGCUUGCGAUCUCGCGCAAAUUGCAUACGAACAAACGUCCUACACGAAGUAUAUCCACCCGAGCCGCGACACGAAAUACGCCAGCGACCAGCGCCUCCAUCGGCUGCCCUUCGCCAUAGCCAAGAUUGCAGCCUGUAGCUGCGCAGCUCGUGCUUCGAGUACGCCUCGGGCAGUAAUUGCCAGCCAGGUUCUCCUUGACGAGCACAGGUCUCUGGCAUCCGCAUAACAACACGGUCAAUAUGCUGUCAAACGAGGCUUCUAUACGUCCUUCCACGCCUGUCGUUGAUCAAGAUGGCACCCGCGGCUGGAUCAUGUGUAUAGUGAGCGGUAUUGCUUGCAUUUCGGGGGCCUCUUUUAUCUGUGUCGAUAUAUUUGUGCGUCGCUUUACAAGGAGCAAAUCUUUUAGAAUCGAGGACAGUAAUGCCUUCCUCGCUUCAUCACUAAGCCUGAGCUUUGGCGUCAUGAUCUACUCGGCCUUGGCAAAUAUGCUUCCAGAGGCGAAAAAGGAGUUCCUCUUGUCCGAAUAUGGAGAAAUGCCUGCGGGGCUUCUCAUGAUGACCUUCUUCGUCGUGGGCUUCAUGGGCAUACAAGUCAUUUCCAGGCUUAUGCACCGGUUGAUGCCGUCACACGUUGUGGAUUGUGACCACACUCACGGCCAUGGUUUGGUGAAUGACCAACCUGAUCAAGGAAUCCCCUCGGGGCCCCAUUCCAGGCACGUUUCUCGGAGCGUUUCCAAGGCCAGGUCUGCCAUUUCACCCCAGAGAACUGCCAUAACACAGCACAACGGUGCCGCAACCGAAUCAACACCUCUCCUGCCUUCAGAGGUUCCCAAACCACAUGCUGUCGACGGCGAUUCUCACCAUGAGGGAGAUGAGAGCACUGUGCCACAUGUGCAUUCUCACGGUCAAGUGCACAAUCUGAGGCCUCAAGCGGGCUCUAGCUCUCUGGCGACCAGACGGCCAUCGAUGCUUCAGGUCAAAGAUCGCGUUUUGUCAUUUGUCAAAGAUACAAAGGCCAAUUGUGACGAGCUUGGCCCUUGCUUCGGCUACACUGAUCCUUGUGGCCAGGAGUGUUUCAAGCACCUGAGUGCCCGCACUUCACUCUCACGUGCAACAACUCGCAUUUCAGGUCCGGUCUACACCGAGGUACCUGAGGAAGCCAUCGAUGGCAGCUUCCGAACUCCUGCGUACCGCGUCAGCCGGGCACAGUCGCGCGAAUUUUCGUACGCUCCGUCGGAGGUGGACGACCACCACAACCAUCACAGCCACAGCCACGAGCACAACCACAGUCACAGUCACAGUCACAUCAAUCAUUCGCAUGGUCAAGAAGAUGCCGAAGAUGACGACGACCAUACCCACGACACCCUUGCAGAUGAUGAUCUCGAGGCUCAACACCACCAUCAUGUGCCAACAAACGCAUUUAUGUCGAUUGGUCUGCAGACGGUAAUUGCCAUUGCCCUGCACAAGUUUCCCGAGGGCUUCAUCACCUAUGCCACCAACAUGGCAAGCCCGGCCCUGGGCUUCAACGUUUUCAUGGCUUUGUUUGUUCACAACAUUGCCGAAGGUUUCUCAAUGGCCCUGCCUCUAUACAUGGCAUUGGGAAGCAGGCUCAAGGCCAUUGCUUGGUCUUCAUUACUUGGAGGACUAAGUCAACCGGCUGGCGCGGCUCUUGCAUGGCUUUGGUUCAAGGUCGCACGUCGUGCUCACGUUGAGGUUGACCACAAAGCAUAUGGCGCUAUAUACGCCAUAACCGCCGGCAUCAUGACGAGUGUCGCCUUGCAACUCUUCGUAGAGAGUCUAAGUCUCAACCAUAGUCGAAACCUCAGUAUCGCAUUUGCGUUCAUCGGCAUCAUACUUCUGGGCUUUAGCAGUUCCAUUUACGACUGAGGGGGCUUGGAUGGAUAGAUUAUUUGCUUCUUAAUCUGGCUUUGACUGGGUUAGAUAUAAACACAAGAACUUUGACGAGGAAAGUGAUUUUUUUUUUUUUUUUUUUUUUUUUUUUUUUUUUCAGGCGUUUAGGUCUUUUACAGGCGUU